ACAAAAUUCGCUGGAAGAGGGGGCUGGAGCCACCCACCCCAUCCUUCGUGUACUGUAGCCUAUAAAUGGGUUGUAUUCCACUCAGACUCGUUCAACCGGGACUCGGGAGAGAAAGAAAACAGUGCAGAUUUAAGGUCAUUAGCUCUCACCGUUUGACGGACGAAUCAUGAAUGCCAUAUUUACGGUGUCAUUUUUUCUUCUUGUCGCCUUAGCGGCACUGGGAACAGAAUCCGCUACCAUAUCAAGAAACCACCGUUGCAAAUGUAUUCAAAAUGCCCCGGAUAAUAAAUGUGCAACCAUUAAGGGGAAGAUGGUAAAGAGGAUUGAGCGUUUCCCAGCUGGGCCCUUCUGCAAUAAAGAGGAAGUCAUCAUUCAUUUCCAGAGAGGAAAAACACUAUGUGUUGAUCCUACAGCAAAAUCAAUUAUAAAACUGGAAGAAAUCAUCAGGCUGAGGGUAGCUGCCAACAUCAGCCCCACUAGCACCCCGGAGACCAUGACUACUGCAGACAACUGAUGCCCUGUCAAAACGAGGUUGAGGAGAAACCUAGGAGGGAGAAGAAUGCAUGCUUCACACUCCAAGUCAGACUCUUGGUGUUGAGGUCUCUGAUCGCCAACCAGUCAAAAUUGGGUGCAGAGAGAUGUGGUGGGAUACAGUUCAAGACUAUUUCUGUAUGCAGAUGAGAAUCAAACGUUUGUUGAUGUUAUUGAUGGAAGAACAAGUUUGUUGAUGUUAUUGAUGGAAGAAGAUUUUGCACUUUUGCCAUUUUUUGCAAUGAAAAUGUUUUUCAGGGGUAAUUAACUAUCUCUAUGUAUACCAAUUUCACAAUAAACACAAUAAAUGCAGUAAUGCACAAAUUUAAA